AGUGUCUCAGUGUUACGAUAUGGGGAAAUUGAAAGGGAGAGAUCGAAGAGACAAGUUUUACCACCUAGCAAGAGAAUCGAGAUACCGUUCAAGGGCUGCAUUUAAGCUGAUUCAACUAAAUUCCAAAUUCUCCUUUCUCACUUCAUCUCAAUCGGUUCUCGAUCUUUGUGCUGCUCCCGGAGGUUGGAUGCAAGUAGCUGUUAGUAAAACACCCGUCGACAGCCUUGUUAUUGGCGUUGAUAUUGUUCCAAUCAAGCCAAUUGGCGGUGCAAUUGCUGUACAGGAAGAUAUUACUACUGCAAAAUGUAAAUCCACCAUUAAAAGAAUAAUUGCUGAAAAAGGUUGUAGGGGGUUUGAUUUGAUCGUUCAUGAUGGGUCUCCUAAUAUGGGUGGUGCUUGGGCUAUGGAAGCUACUGUCCAGAGUUCUCUCGUCAUUGAUUCUGUUAAGCUUGCUACACAAUUUUUGCUUCCUAAUGGCACUUUUGUUACCAAGGUUUUUAGAUCUCAAGACUAUACUGCGGUUCUUUAUUGUCUAAGACAGCUUUUUGAGAAAGUUGAAGUGGAGAAACCUUUAGCAAGUCGUUCAGAAUCUGCCGAAAUAUAUCUUAUUGGUUUCAAAUAUAAGGCCCCUGCUAAGAUUGACCCUCGCCUUCUUGAUAUAAAGCACCUCUUUCAAGGUGGUAAAGAACCUCUCAAGGUGGUCGAUGUUCUCAGAGCGACGAAGCAGAAGAGACACCGGGAUGGGUAUGAAGAUGGGGAGACGUUCUUAAGGAAGGACUGUUCUGCUGCCGAUUUUGUGUGGUCUGAUAUCAAGAGCCUUGGCUCAGUUACUUCGAUAAAGUUUGAUGAUCCUGCCUCUUUGCCAAUGAGAGAUCAUCCUCUGACGACAGAAGAGGUUAGAACACUAUGUGAGGACUUGCGUGUUCUGGGGGAGCAAGAUCUCAAACAUCUUUCAAAGUGGCGUAAGCUUAUGAGGAAAGGUUUGGCUCCUUCAGAGACCAUUAGUAAUCCAAAAGUAGUAAUUGAAUGUGAGAGAGAAGAGGAUGAAGAUACAAGACUGGUAAAAGAAAUGGAAGAGUUGAAGGAAACUGAAUUGAGAAAGACGAGAAGAGAAAAAAGGGUUAUAGCUAAAAGACAAGCCAAGGACAAAGCACGUGAGGUGUUGGGGAUGCAGUCCGAUGCAACUGAAGAUGGUUUCGCUGAUCCGGAGCUGUUUUCUCUAACAUUGAUCAAGAGCAAGAGAGAUGUAGUAGUUGUUGAUGACAAUGAAUGUGAUGAUGGAACUGUUGAAGUAAAUAGCGAAGAUGACGGAAGUGACCUGGAAGCCCCAGAGAAUGCAUCUACCGAUAUGGACUCCGAAGAAGAGCGCAUAAGACGUGACGAUGAAAUAGAGGGGUUGCUUGAGGACCACAACAAAAGGUAUAUGGCUCGAGGGGAAAGAAAAACAAAACGAUCCAGAAUUUCCUACUUGAGUGAUUGUAAACUCUUGGAGCUUGGUGACGAAGAUGGUAUGACUCAUUCUGCUCAAGACUCUGACAGUGAUAUGGGAGAGGAUCAAGUGAAUCCUCUAAUCAUACCUCUAGAAACCGCUCCAUCUGAAGAGGAGGUUGCAAAAACGUGGUUUACUCAAGAUGUUUUUGUUGAGCCAGAAGAGCAAGACAUGUUGGACAAGUAUAACAGCGAAGAUGAAAUGCUAAUAAACCUAGUAGGAGAAAUGGCCCCAAUAUCUAAGACACAGACAACUAGCCAAUUGCUUGCUCCAAUCCUGACAAAGAAAAGAAUGGAUGGUUUGCUCCAAGUCCCAUCAUCUGAGACACCAAAUGAUUUUGAGAUUGCUCCUGCACCACCUACAGAUUCAAGUGAUUCGUCAGGUGAUGAUAUCGACAGAAAGGCUGAAAUAUUGUCUGUAGCAAAGAAAUUGAUUUUGAAAAGGCAGAGAGAGUCAAUGAUGGAUGAUGGUUACAAUAAGUAUAUGUUUGACGAUGAGGGGUUGCCAUAUUGGUUUGUUGACGAGGAGAAGAGGCAUCGACAGCUGAUAAUGCCGGUGACGAAAGAGGAGAUUGCUGCAAUAAGAGCUCAGUUUAAAGAAAUCAAUGCACGUCCUGCAAAGAAGGUAGCAGAAGCCAAAGCACGAAAGAAAAGGGCUGCUCAGAGAAAGCUGGACAAGAUUCGAAAGAAAGCUAACUCGAUAUCAGACCAAGCAGAUGUAUCUGAUCGCUCAAAGAGUAGAAUGAUUGAACAGCUUUACAAGAAGGCAACACCUAAAAGACCAGAAAGGGAAUUCGUAGUGGCAAAGAAGGGCGUUCAAGUGAAGGUUGGCAGGGGGAAAGUUCUUGUUGAUCGACGAAUGAAGAAAGAUGCAAAAAGGCAUGGAACGAGCAAGUAAGGCCUGAAGAAGGGAAGACAAAAUUGAAAACCUUCAGCAACAGGCAAGAAUGGGAACUCUUUUGAUAGAAAACAAAACUUGUAUUUUAGGGAACCUUACCGGACAUAAGUUAAUUAGUUAUUUUAUGCAAAGCCAACUUUGACUUAAAUACACAAGUGUAUGGUUUAUAAAUGUGUGUGUUAUUCUGUAAUAACAUUCACAUGAAAGUGUCAAACAUAUAGUGCAUAGUUGCUAAAAGAAAAUAAUUU